AUGAUUCCUGAACAUAUAAUCUAAAAACUCAAAACUAAACAAGGUCAUUACUCAAUUGAUGUUAAAGAAUCUUUCAUUGAUAAAUAACGUCGUCUAAGUGAAAUUGAACGAUAAACUGUUCUUUAAAAAAAACAUAAAGAAAUGCAACUGUUCAGAUAAACAUUUUCUUCAUCUAAUUCCAAAUUGUCUAAGCCAGGCAAAAGAAUUAUGAUAAAAACUAAAGGAUGUAGUUAAGCUAUUCCAUUAGAAUAAUUUUAAUAAACUAUUUCAACUCCACUUCCUCCUACACCCUCAUCUAAUAUUGGUCGUAAACAUCAUUAAUCAUUAUCAUAAUCAUUACCAAGAUUGGAAUAAGAAAAUAAUUAUACUACUACAUUAAGAAAGGAACCAGAACUCUAAUUGAAUACUUAAUAAGAUACACACAAUCAACUUGAAUAAUAAAAUCAAAAUAUGUAAACAGAAUAAAUAGAACAAAUGUAAAUUCAACCUUCUGAAGAAAAUAAUAAUGAUCAUAUCUAAUGCAUGGUUGAAUAGCAUUUAUCUGAUUAUUAAGCUUUUGUAAUGCAUUUGGCAGGUAUACAAUUAAAAGAUAAAAGAUAGGGAAAUGCAUUUGUGUUUAAUGUCCAUGUGGAAAAUGUAAAUGUAAAUUUGAGUAUUAACCAUUUAAACCUAAUAUUUCAUGGAAAUCCCAUUACAAUUAAGAGUAUAAGGAAACACAAAUGAAAGAUUAAGAACUCAAAAUGAAUCUAAAUUCUAUUGGUAGAUAUUAAACUUUAGAUUUGAAUGAAUUUAAAACUACAAUGGCUUCUGAUUAUAAAUAAUGUGAUCCCUUUCCAAAUUAUGUUAUUGAAAAAUAAAAAUAUUAAGCCAACUAUGGAUCCACUCCUAUGACAUCAUAUAAUGUAUAAAUUAUUAAUGUUAAUUAGAAAUUUUAUAUGGAUUAUGGAGACUUACAUCAUGAAUAAUUCAAACAAAGUCAUUAUAAGACAGUGAUUCCAGAAUUAAAAUUUAAUUCAUCAACAACAUAUGGCAGUGAAUUUAAGACUAUAAAAUAAGUAGACACAACUGUAAUUGAUAAAUAUGUCAUUAGAGAGUCAAAAACCACCAAAUGGUAAACCUUUUCCAACGAUAGACCUAUUUUUAGGAUAAUCAUAAAAUAAAUUGGUACACGAUUAAAAAAUUGUUGAAAAAUGUUUUUAAGUUAAAAACUUUUAAGAGGUAUUUAAUUGGAAUAAUAUAAAUAUAGCCAAUAUAAACAAUUCCAGCUUUUGAUAAAUAAUUUGUAAGUAUGACAAAAAAAGAUUUUGUAAUGAAGGAAAUUCCAUGUAUUAGGAAUCAAUAUUCAUAAUAAUAAUAAUAUUGA